AUGACAAAGUUGAAGAGGAAAGGUGAGAAACAGCAGCCUUGCCUUACACCACUGCGUGGUAACCUCAACCGAAAACUUGACGUACGUGUCCGCAGUUUCCACCACUGGCGUAUUGCUACCAACGAAAAAGCUGAUAUAUUUUUUACCCAGAUCUGCAGGAUUAUGAGGCGAACAAUCAAAAACAUUACAGCCACGCCUGAUAUUUCUGUAUGCAAAAUUCCGUGUGCUUUAUCGACAGCUAAAUUCAUCAAAAUGGCCUUCUACAUACGCAACAGACAAGCUGUUCUUCGUUCGAUAUCGGAGGAGAAUAAGUGGCUGGUUGUAAAUUUGCUCGUCGGGAUGUGCAUUUUAAUUGAAUUAAAAUUUUUGCCGAUCUAUCACCUGUUCAGUUUGCCUGAGGAAACGCUGGCAUGCUACUCGAUAAUAGGAUGUGUUUUCCUUGUGAUUUGCGGGAUUUCAGCACUAUAUCAUAUCAUCAUUAUGUGUCGUUCAUUCCUUUUCCUAAAACUGGGUGACCAAGUUGGAAUUGUAGAGAAAAAGACCCCCUUGAAUUCUCCGCCAUGUGUGAUUUACGGACCAACGAUGUUCCACUCCUCCCUACUACGAGAACUCCCAGGGUUUCCUCGUCAGGGUGCGAAUGCGGUUUCCAUAUCUUUGGAACAACCGGGUUUGAACAGCUCAGCUUCCGGGGAUAUGCUCAGGUCAAUGCUCUCAACCAGUCCUAAGUUUUCUUCCAGUCCCUAUAUGCGACCAGAUGGCUUUCCAGCUGCAUUUGCUUCUAUGGCGGAUAAGAGUGCUUCUUUCUCAAGUCGAUCAGCACACGCCCUGUGUUCCGCAUCUUUACUAGAUAUUGCUUUAAGCCCAAUUGCCGGUCCACCAGUCCUCGUGUCAGAUACGACAGAGCUUGGAUACCGAUUAUCUAAUUCUACAAACAUGUUCCAGUCAACGACUUGGUCCUCCCCACGCUGGUCGUCAGUUCCACACCAACCGUUGCAGUAUCAACUUUCCUGUUCCACUUCAGCAUGUUCCGGGCGAAGCUGGCUUGAAGACCCGAAACAGAAGUCCGCAUCAAGUCUAAAGACUUCACUGUCGGAUCUUGGUUUCUUAGACACUCGCUAUUCACGUCAAAAUCCACGCGAACAACCAAUGGAACGGAGCUCUGAUGAGUACUGGAACGAAAAUAAGAUAACUGCUUCUUGCUUGGCUCAAUGGACAAUGGAUCUACGAAAAUGGCUUCAUGGAACGAUUGUUCGGCGGUUGGUGGAUGAAAUUGCGGCAGUUAAUCGUCACUUCAAUGAAACUUCAGGAGAGGAAGUAGCGAUCGGCUCAACAACACUUGAAACACUCCAGCAGCUCUGUUCCACUAAAUACCAGUAUCUUCCUACCUUGCCCGUCCUGUUGUCAUUCCUGGAGUUCUCGAAGGAUCACGGAUAUUUGGUUAACCGAUUGAAAGAACUAGCUCGUGGGAGUUGUCUUGAGGAUUUUCGUUGGGAUUCCGGUUCACGAAGUUCUUCUUGGCCUUGGAAAGAACAUCUACCCAACGACAGCCUGAUUCUUCUACAUUUGUUCGCAACCUACAUGGAUACACGUAUGCCUGCGCAUCCCAAGUGUCUCACUGGCCGUGUGUUCAGUCAACUGUGUAUUGUUCGUCAUCCAGACAAGCCCGACCUGAAAUCCAAGUUCAACUCUCAACUCUAUCAAGUCACAGUUCAGCCCCCGCAUUUCAAGCUUGUUCUGGAUGGAAAAAUAUACUCUUUUCAGCCAGGUCCCGAUAACUUGUUCCAUGUCAUCCUGAUGUGUUUCCAUCAUGCUCUUAAGUUGGACGGGAAAUUCAGGUCCAUUAAUCUUGGCCCGUCUGGUUUGAAUAUGGCAUGGAUUUUUACACCGAAGUAGUUUUCACGGGUCACUUUUAGGCUUUAUAAACAUACCUGAGCUUCCAUUACGUGUAACAAUCCCAUUCCCCAGUGUUUUCUCCCUUAAUUGUCAAACUAGAG